UGCUGAGGCAAUUUAGUUGAUUUUUAUUUCCAGAUCCUGCAUUCAGAUCUAUUUGCAUUAGCCCUGUUUCAAAGACAAGCUAGCUUGUUACCUUUCAGAACUUGUAGAUCAUACAGUUCUGAGGCAGGAAAGCAGUUAAUCACAGAUGAUCCUGAAGAUUUAUGAUGACAGUGAGGGCAUUACAGGCAUCCCUUAAUAACUUGGUUACAGAAUCAGAUCCAGAUGCAGUUGAUUAAGGCAGUACGUUCUUCUAAGACUAUGGAGGCACUUGUGUAAGUGCUGUGACUUGUCACUUGUGUCAGCACUAAAUAAAUGAAUAGAAUGGUCUGGAGGCCAGAAACAGAGUGAGCCUCAAGAUGAGUUUGCUGACUGAACUUGUCUAUGCUGUAGGCAGCUAUUCCAGGUUAGGACUGAGAAGUCCAGGGUCUGUGCUGUUUUAAAGUAGUGUAACCCUGGCACAUCUCAGCUGUGCUGUUUCUACCCGAUGCCUGAGUCAAAUCCUAGUUAAUCUUUACCUGUCAGAAACAGAGAGGUUUAUUUUCGUGUGCUUGUGUUAGUGUUUAAUCGGCACAGUAAUGUAGGUUUCCAAUACAGAUCUGUGAGUCUUCUCAGAUCUUUUUGUUUCCAGUUCUUUGUGCUGCAUUUACUAACUUUGCCAACGUUAAAAAUGACACAAAAGUAAAUGUACUCUGGGAAAUUAAAUUUGCCAUUUUAAAGCCAUUUUUAAUAUGCUGAGUCUCAGCUUUUCCGAUUAAGCAAAAUGCUUGUAUUGGUAUAAGAAAGACCAGGGUUUUUUUUUUAACGCUUUGUAAUUUUCCACUGUGUUCUCCAGCAGCCGUGAAGUCCCCCCUAGCGUGCCACUCCAGGAAGUGCAUUUGUUGUGGGAGAGAUUUGUUGUUGAGAGAUCCGAAUUUUAGGUGAUGCAAAUGUGCUUCUGGAAAUAAUAUGCAUUGCCUGUAAAAGCUGUGGGGAAGAUAAACAAGCCACUAGCGAUUCCCAUGAUACUCCUGCUUUUUGUCUCAAUAUUUUCCUUGUAUUCAGUGCAUCUUCUUUUGAAGACUGCAAAUGAAGGAGGAUCCUUAUUGUAUGAACAGCUGGGAAUGAAGGCUUUUGGUAUGGCUGGAAAACUUGCUGCUUCUGGAUCAAUUACAAUGCAGAACAUUGGAGCUAUGUCAAGCUACCUCUUCAUAGUGAAAUAUGAGUUACCAUUGGUCAUCAAGACAUUUAUGAACAUCGAAGAGACCACAGGAGAAUGGUAUCUCAAUGGUGACUAUUUAGUGCUGCUGGUGUCUGUCAUCCUCAUUCUUCCCCUGUCCCUACUGAAAAAUCUAGGGUAUUUGGGCUACACCAGUGGCUUUUCCUUACUUUGCAUGGUCUUCUUCCUGAUUGUUGUAAUUUGGAAGAUGUUUCAGAUUCCUUGUCCUAUGGACAGUAUCAUCAUGAACGUGACAUUAUUAAAUACAACAGUGGCACCUUUGGUAGAUGAAAAUAUAACAAGUGAUGAUAUGUGCAAGCCAAAAUAUUUCAUCUUCAAUUCACAGACUGUUUAUGCUGUCCCAAUCCUAACAUUUUCUUUUGUCUGCCAUCCUGCAAUUCUUCCUAUUUAUGAAGAACUGAAAGGCCGAAGCCGUAAAAGAAUGAUGAAUGUGUCCUAUGUAUCUUUUUUUGCCAUGUUCCUCAUGUAUUUAUUGGCUGCUCUCUUUGGAUAUUUGACAUUUUAUGGGAAAGUCGAACCAGAGCUGCUUCACACCUACUCUGCUUAUCUAGGUGCUGAUGUUCUCCUUCUUAUUGUGCGUCUUGCUGUACUUAUGGCUGUAACCCUUACUGUACCUGUAGUUAUUUUCCCAAUCCGCAGUUCCAUUACCCAGCUGCUGUGGGCAGGGAAGGAGUUCAGUUGGUGGCGUCACUGUUCCAUUACCGUUGCUCUUCUGGCAUUUACCAACGUGCUUGUUAUCUUUGUUCCUACUAUUCGAGACAUCUUUGGAUUCAUUGGUGCUUCUGCGGCUGCCAUGCUGAUCUUUAUACUUCCUUCUGCCUUCUAUAUCAAAUUAGUGAAGAAGGAACCAAUGAAGUCCGUGCAAAAGAUUGGGGCUUCAUUCUUCUUUCUGAGUGGUAUACUUGUGAUGACUGGGUGUAUGACACUGAUUAUUCUAGACUGGACCCAGAAUGUUACAUCUGAUGGCCAUUAACUGCCCUGGUUUAAUCUCUAUAAUACUCCACUUCAAAUGCCAGUGUUCACUCAGAUACCUACUGAGAAUGAAAAUGAGCUAUUCAGCUUCCUUUAAAAGGCAGAUUCUUUGCUGAUGGUUCUUCUGAUUGUAGAAUAUUGAACUCUGUCUUUAAGAAACUAUUCUACAUGAUGGGAAGUGGAUAUUAACAUCAAACCACGUGAGUGUCUGGCUGAAGGAAGUGACAACUUUAUUCCAUUCCAGAGAAUGGACAGAACUCUCUGUAGACUUUUAUCAAGCCAUGUUUGGCUUUCGUCAUUGUUACUUGGAUAUUUUGUUAUUUUACUUGAAUGUGCCUAAUGGAACCAUUUGAUGUGAGAAAGAACUCUUUAAUUUACAUCAAAGUGUUUAAAUAACCAAUGAGAGAGCGAGAGAAAGAGAGAAACGCUAUUAUUUUUUGUACCAAAAAUUCUUAUGGACCUCAAAAGCACUAUUUUGACUUUGAGAAACAUUUUUCUAAAAAGAAUGAAAAAAUAACAUAGAAGAGCUCAGAAGAAUAUUUAAUUAGUGUCCUAAAUUAAACUUAGUUUGACUUUCUUGAUCUCUUCACUCAUGUCACCAGUGACAAGACCCAAGGAAAGGGCAUGAAGAUGAGUCAGGGUAGGUUUAGGUUGGGUAUUGGGAGAAGUGUUUAUUUUACCCAGAGGGUGGUUGGAACAGGCUACCCGGGAAAGUGAUUACAGCACCAGCCUGAGAGAGUUAAAGAAGCGUUUGGACAGCACUCUCAGGCACUCUCAGAUUCUUGGGGUGCCCUGUGCAUAGCCGGGAGUUGGACAUGGUGAUUCUGAUGGGUCCUUUCCCACUCAACAUACUUUAUGAUUCUGUAAAGACAUAAUUAGAAGAAAUUUUAUUUUUAAAAUGCUUCUAAUGACCAAAACAGAAAAUAAGCCAAUUCAGGUAAAAAUUCUCAGACACUAAAUUCUUCCCAUGAAGUUCCCAUAGAGAAAAUAAUCCUGAAAAUCAUUUCAGGCUUACAUAAGUAGCUACUCAAAAAUGGUGUGGAAAUGCAAAAUUUCAAACUUUAAAAGAACCCACUCUUUAGAAAAGGGUACAUUUGAGAAAAGCAUAGGUAAUCUACAAGAAGGCAUUGACAAUUGUAAAAUUGUAAAGAAGGCAUUGACAUUUCCCUUCUUGAGGUACUCAGUAGUGCAAUUGAGUAAAACAGGGUUUGGGGUUUUUGCUUUAUGGGUUGUUUUUUUUUUCCUGUUGUAGAUAGAAACUGAAUGGCACUGGAGCAUAUGAUGCCAUUAAUACAAAACUCCCUCCUCAAAUUCCCUUUAUUAAUAAGGUCCACUGUUAGUUGUAACAACAUUUUUUGGGAUUUUUUCUAUCCAAUCUGUCUUGAAACACUAGGAAAACAAAAAAGUCCUUAUGUAGUCUUCUAGUUGUAUAAUAUUCAAAAACUGUACAGUAUUUCUCAAAUUCCUCAUCUGUUAUUGGAUUUUGAAUUACUUGACUAUUCUGUUUCUGAAUCAAAUCCACAAAAUAACUGCACCAAUAUUUCAUGCUUGGUACAAACUCUCUUUGCAUAUGCAACUGGGAUUCCUCUUCAGAUUUAUACUGUAUAGUAGUAUUGAAGAUAACCUCAUAGGCUGGAUAGUCAUCUCAUACUUGUUUGCUUCAGUAAUAGAUAAGAUUCUAACGAGCCCUAGCUGAUGAAACAGGUGCUGUAUGGUUGUCAUGAGCUAUUUUGUUUCUAGUGCAUGUUUGCUCUUUCAUUCUUGUCCCAGAUUGAAGAGAGGUAACAUUUGUAUAACAGUGUACUUGGCUUAUAAGAGGUUCUCAAACACAGCAAUAUGGGGUACAAAAGCCUAGAUAGAGAUUAUUAAUGAAAUAGUCAUGGCAAUGUGGUCAACUGUCUUCAUCUGACACGAUGUUUUAAAAAUCUAUUUAUGAAGUCCCACUCAGUCAUCAUGUCAGAGAGACCAAGUAAAGGCCUGUAAUCCAUUGAUUAAACAGUGCUUGAGACUUUUUUGCUCUUGUAGAAUUAAUCAGAAAGAAAUCUAAACAAUAGUCACCAUUUGGCAGAUAAUGUCAAGCUCUGCCCAGCCAUUUAAAAUCUAUGGAAAAACAACUGCAGGUAUUUUGUAUUGAUACUUCUGCAUGACUGUAAGUACUGGUCACUAAGACUAUAGUGUAAAACUGUAAUGACAAGUUAGAUUCCUCGUGUGUUCUUUGUAUUAUUAAUUCGGUGGUACUCAACUGGCAAUUAAUGAUCCUGGAGUCAGCACUGACUAAUGCUCCGUAGGUACUUCUCUGCCUCAGGUACUGUACAUCCAUGGCUAACUAUCCCAUGUUACCUGAUCUCCACAGAAGUGCUGAGCACAUGCCUCAGUACUUUGGCAGCUUUUCUUCUUCCUCCACAAAUGUGCAAAGGUGGAAGAGAAUUAAAAUGUUGUCUACUUUUGAGCAAUUUGUAGCACAUAAGGGAUGAAGUGCUUCCCUUUUAAAAGAGGUAAGGAAGAAAAAUAUCCUCCUUUCUCACAGCAACCAUAGAAGAGGAAGGAGUUGUGAGAAGUUACUACAAAGUCCUUCUUGGCAACCAGAAGGGAACAUUUUUGUGAUGACACCUCAUAGUGUAUUGUACAUGUCACUAAUUCUCUGAAUGUAGCAAUUUCCAGAUUAUACAUUAUGUGUUAUAUAAUUUGAUGACUGACUCUCCACCUGCAACAGUUGAGUUCCACUUGGCUGGGUCGAUUUCCAACGUGUGAUUUUUUUUUUUUUUUUUUUAAUUAAUAUUUUUUUCCAAACCUGUCUGUUUAAAGUUACCUGCAUUGCAAACCAUCUAGAAGAGCAGCUUCAGUAUUAAACCACUGUUAUGUCACCUCAGUUAGACAUUACUGUCUUCCAUGAUAUUUCAGUCAUAAAUGUAACAUGUUAUUUAUAAACCAUUAAUCCAUUAAAACUAAAACUAUUUUUCAAUAUUUAUGAUAGUCUGUGUACAUAAAUUGUAUGUGUGUAUAUACUGUAAGUAUAAUGUAUAUAAUGUAGGUUUGAAGUCCAGGAUUUAUGUAUAUAUUCCUCUCUCAUUAUUGAUUGUUACAUCAUUUCAAGGAGUUGUCUGUGUUGUGCAUCUGUGUAACAGCUGUCAAAGGAAAGAGCCUUUUUCAACAAAGUAUAAUGCUUACGGAGAUCAAAGUGUAUUACACCGAAGGUGUGUAAGAAAACACUAGGAUUGUAUUUAUUACAAAUGUAUAUGUUGCAAUAAACACAGGAAUCACUUGGGUCCAUAGAAAGCAUUGUUCAGUUUCAUGUGUACUUUCUGUCCAAAAUUUCCCAUGGUUGUUAGGAUUUCCUGAAUGCAGCAAGCUAACCACCUCUGCGCUCUAACGCUCCUUAGGCCGCCAGCUCCGGGCGUCCCGCGGUACAGCCGUGUACAUAUGUAAAUACCCGCCCUAUUGGCAGAGGCCACAGCCUAGCUAGGGUUGCUGGCUAGACUGGUGGCCAGCAACACAGUUUCAAUGAAACAUUGUAUGUUUGUUUUAACUGAAAUAAAUAAAUGGAUAAUCCUAA